AUGGACACGCUUCUGUUCAACCCAUUCAGCUACUACUGGCGCGUGCUGAGAGAGGAGCAGUCUGCCUGUGCAAAGGUACACAGCCUGUGCAUAGAUGCAGAGCGGCAGCAGAGAGAAGCGCUCAACAUCGCAAAGUUUGACAAAACGCUAAUGCUGGCUUACAAGCGCUUCAGCCUGUUUGGAAUGAUCUAUGACCACUACUUUGUAACAGACGGGAAGUGGACCAUAGAGUUUAGAGGAGAUGAGGUUGCCGAGGCCGUUGUCCAUGUACGCAGCCAGCAUCCUGAAUACUACGAAGUCGCGCAGACAUUCAGCAAUGCCGAAGAUGUGCGACAUCGCAUGGAGUUGGUAUGUGGCGCCCGUGCAUUUUCUUUCUGUUUACGUAAUUGUGAGCAUGUGGCACGCUUCAUCGCGGAAGGCAAGUGGUUCAGUGCACAGAGCGCCGUUGAAGGCACAAUGUGGAGCAGGUGCCUAGCUCAACUUGCCGGUCAACACCAGCUCAAACUCAACAAGUGGCCGUGGGAGUUGGAACCUCUACCUUCCUGCUGUCUCGUCAAGGGUUUGGACGGGUUCCUUAGCUACCGGAGGCAGGACUGCCACGCAAGCCAUGAUCCGAAUCUCUUCACCGUCCUAGCUGUCGGAAGCGACAUGGCGGAGACAUCGAGGCUGAUUGACAUACUCUUUGGCAAGAGUGUGUCCCGCACUGACAAUGCCCAGAAUGUACCCCUGAAGCUUCAGGUAACGCUGGGGCUGGGCGAAAUUGGUGGCCGCAAGCGUUCCGUGCAAGUGAUUCAGAUGAUUGGCAGUGCCGAAGCAUGCUUGGAGAAUGCGGCGAUCCUGAAAUCGCAUAUGCUCGAAGACGUGUUGAACGUGGACCGCGUUCUAGUUGCCAUUGAUGCGGUGCCACUCACGGAUGGGAUGUGCAUGCUUUUAAGACUGCUGGGCAUCUGCCAGAAUGCCUUGAACUUCACCUUCGUGCUUAGCAAAACUGCGGACAUCACCAGAAGCGUUGCUGACAGGCUUCUGGUGGAAUUGCAUGUCCAACUGGGUGUUGAUUCCACUUCUGACAUCUCCACACCAUCCGUGAGCACGUGUCAGCGUUUCACGAGGUGCGAGUACUUGAAGCAAGAGGAAAGGCCAAGCCGAGUGUUGGCCAUUAAGCAUUCCUUGCCCGAGCCUCGAAGCUCUGAGAGGGUGCACCUCAUCGUCCCUGGGCCUGGCGUGAAUGCAGAUGCCUUUAGAAACCAGCUGUUGGAUGCUACGUUUUUGCCAUGUGACGGUCACUUCUUGUCAAGAGAUUGGCGCCUUCGAGUGGACACAACAGCCAGCACUUGUCAAACUCAGUGA